GGUGCUGGUCAAGACAAACUUGGAAUAUAUGUCAAGUCGGUUGUGAAAGGAGGUGCAGCAGAUAUGGAUGGUCGUCUGGCUGCAGGGGAUCAGUUGCUCAGUGUAGAUGGUCGAAGUUUGGUGGGCCUGUCCCAGGAAAGGGCAGCAGAACUUAUGACUAGGACAGGUUCUGUAGUAACACUAGAAGUAGCAAAACAAGGAGCAAUUUACCAUGGUCUGGCAACCCUACUUAAUCAGCCAUCCCCAAUGAUGCAAAGAGUUUCUGACCGCCGUGGCUCAGGUAAACCCCGACCAAAGAGUGAAGGUUUUGAGCUGUAUAAUAACUCCACUCAAAAUGGGUCACCUGAGAGCCCUCAGCUGCCGUGGACGGAGUACAGUGAACCAAAGAAGCUGCCAGGGGAUGACAGAUUAAUGAAGAACAGAGCCGAUCAUCGCUCCAGUCCCAAUGUAGCAAAUCAGCCUCCAAGCCCUGGGGGAAAGAACGCUUAUGCAUCUGGAACCACCACCAAAAUAACCUCAGUCUCUACUGGAAAUCUUUGUACAGAGGAACAAACUCUGCCCCCACGACCUGAGGCUUAUCCCAUCCCAACACAGACCUAUACUAGAGAAUAUUUCACAUUUCCAGCUUCAAAGUCCCAGGAUCGAAUGGGUCCAACUCAGAGUCAGUGGCCAAAUUAUGAAGAAAAACCACAGGUCCAGGCAGAAAGUAAUCAUUCAAUCAAUACUACAAUGCAGCGUGUGGCUCGUUCCCAGGAAGAACUCCGAGAUAAAGUUUUCCAGCCAGAGAGGAAUCGUUUGGAAGUUGUUAUACGGAAGGAUGUAGAGUACAUUGAUCGGAAGUCAGACAGCGAUCAGUGGAUGAAUUCAUCUGUGGAUUCUAGCACAUCCAGCCAAGAACACCUGAACCAUUCAUCCAAACCAGUCUCGCCCGGUUCUUGCUUGAGUAAAAGUGGGCCUGGCCGUUGGAAAACGCCAGCUACUAGCCAGCCAACUCCAGUGGCCAUUUCCCAGCCCAUCAGAACAGAUCUUCCCCCUCCACCACCUCCCCCUCCAGUUCAUUAUGCAGCUGAAUUUGAUGAACUACAAAUGGAUUUGCCUCUGCCUCCCCCUCCUCCUACAAACCAGAUAGGAGCGCAAGCAUCAUCCCAGGUAGCCGCUGCUGAGCGUAAGAAAAGAGAAGAGCAUCAGAGGUGGUAUGAAAAGGAAAAGGCACGCUUGGAAGAGGAACGAGAAAGGAAACGUCGUGAGCAGGAGAGAAAACUGGGCCAAAUGCGUUCUCAGCCACUGAUUCCUGCUCAGCCUGUGGUUCCCCCCGUUUCCCUUCAACAAGUAAAAUCCGAAAAACCUUCAACUUUGCAGAGGUCUCAAGAUACGGUCAUUCGAGAAUUGCAGCCCCAGCAGCAGCCUCGGACUAUUGAGCGGCGAGACCUGCAGUACAUUACUAUCAGCAAGGAAGAACUGUCCUCCAGCGACAGCCUCUCUCCAGACCCCUGGAAACGGGAUGCUAAGGAGAAGCUGGAGAAGCAGCAACAGAUGCACAUCGUUGACAUGCUGAGUAAAGAGAUUCAGGAACUUCAGAACAAGCCCGAUCGUACAGCAGAGGAAAAUGACCGCCUCCGCAAACUUAUGCUCGAGUGGCAGUUCCAAAAGCGACUUCAGGAAUCCAAGCAAAAGGAUGAAGACGACGAUGAAGAGGAGGAUGAUGAUGUGGAUACUAUGCUCAUCAUGCAGCGACUGGAGGCGGAAAGAAGAGCAAGGCAGACUGCUGUGCCAGCAAUCUCUGUUCUAGAUUUGUUACAGGAUGAAGAACGCAGACGGCAGCAACAGCUGGAAGAAAUGCGCAAACGAGAAGCAGAAGACAGGGCCAGACAGGAAGAAGAGCGGCGACAGCAAGAGGAGGAGCGGACCAGAAGAGAGGCUGAAGAAAAGAGGCGACAGGAAGAGGAGUAUUACAAUCGCUUAGAGGCUGAAAGGCGCAGGCAGCACGAUGAAGCAGAACGAAGAUUGCUGGAACCUGACGAGCCUGGUCUGUACAGACCUCCGCUUCCACGGGAAUAUGAACUCCCAUCCCCAACCCCUUCAUCUAACGCUCCUCCUCCCCCACCUCAGCGAAACACCUCUUACCUCAAAACACAGGUCCUCUCCCCUGACACGAUUUAUACUGCCAAGUUUGUUGCAUACAAUGAUGAUGAUGAGGAGGAAGAUUCCAAUCUAGCAGGAAUAAAUUCAUACACUGGAUCUACAGGAGCAGCUGCUGGGGCCCAUGAAGUUUAUCGGGAUCCAAGAGAUAAAAGAUCUAAAAGUCAAGAUACAGAUUUACCCGGAGCACCAGAAAACUUGACGUUCAGGGAGCGCCAGCGACUUUUUUCACAGGGUCAAGAUGUAUCCAAUAAAGUAAAAGCUUCUAGGAAAUUAAUGGAGCUGGAAAAUGAGCUGAACACGAAGUAAGAUUAAAGCACCUUAUCCAGUGUAACUGAAGAUCUCUGAAUUGAGGGAUUGAGAUGGGGGGCACACUACUAAUGAACAGAAAAUGAAUGUUUUCUGAAAGAAGUGACUUUGAUUCCUCUAUAUCCAAGACUGUUAAUUAAGAUUUAGAGAUGUUGCAAUAGCAAGAAAACUGAUUACUUUGCCAGGAGCUUGUGAUUUAUACAAUGAAAGCACUGUACAAUUUUAAAGAUAUGAAUCACGUGAAGGUAACUUUUUUUUUCCUUUCUGUUUUGGGGGUUAAAUUCUUGUGCACCAGACCAAGUAGCACUUGUCAAAGAUAAGUUCUGUUUCCUGGUGUUUUACAGACAUACUUUUGUUUUAGCUGCUGAGCAGAAAGAGAGAGAAUAGUUUGAACUGCCUGAACUGAACUGUGCACUAGAAAUCAGUCUUUUAGGCUGUUUGAUGAGCCAAUAUCUGGGCCA